UUAGGAAAUGCCUAAGUACAAAGGCCUAAACAACAGUUCCGAGCUCCCUGAACUUGGCCAGCAGGCCUGCAGCUGGUUUUCCCCUUGAUUGCUAGCCAUCACAGGCAGUCCCAGGGAAGGCUUGUGGUCUGAGUUUUGCAGUGUCUGUACUUUAUCAAGAAUUCUGCUUUUUGCUAACAUGUUAUUCAGAACAGUACUCUGAUCUCUGACACCAAAGGCCUUAAAAUGGAGGAUUUGAAAUUUGAUGGCACCGAGCGCAUAAGUGUGGACUAUGUGAAGGAAAUUCUUCAACCCACACCCACCUGUGAAACCUGGGACCAGAUCUGGAAAUUCCAAGCCAAGCCUGAUGACCUGCUUAUUUCUACGUAUCCUAAAGCAGGAACAACAUGGACUCAGGAGAUAGUGGACUUACUACACAAUGACGGCGACACAGACAAGACCCAGCGAGCACCCACGCACGUGAGGUUUCCUUUCAUCGAGUGGGUGAUCCCAGCCGUAGGAUCCGGUCUGGAACAAGCUAAUGCAAUGCCCUCACCACGGACCCUGAAAACACAUCUUCCCAUCCAUUUGCUGCCACCAUCCUUCCUAGAGAAAAACUGUAAGAUAAUCUAUGUAGCACGAAACCCAAAGGACAAUAUGGUGUCUUACUACCAUUUCCAAAGGAUGAAUAAAGCACUUCCUGCUCCAGGAACCUGGGAAGAGUAUUUUGAGAGUUUUCUGACUGGGAAAGUGUGCUGGGGGUCUUGGCAUGACCACGUGAAAGGAUGGUGGGAAGCGAAAGACAAACACCGCAUUCUCUACCUCUUCUAUGAGGACCUGAAAAAGAACCCAAAGCAUGAAAUUGGGAAGCUGGCAGAAUUUAUUGGAAAGAACCUAGAUGACAGAGUUCUAGACAAUAUUGUCCAUCAUACUGCAUUUGAUGUUAUGAAGCAGAAUCCAAUGGCAAACUAUUCAUCGAUACCUACUGAGAUUAUGAACCACUCUAUUUCUCCAUUCAUGAGAAAAGGGGCAGUUGGAGACUGGAAGAAUCACUUUACUGUGGCUCAGAAUGAGAGAUUUGAUGAAGACUACAAGGAGAGAAUGGCUGAUACCAGUCUAACUUCCCACUUCCAAUUCCAGUAAGGAAGAAAAAGAACCAAAAGUUUUUUAGUUAAUUACCCAAUUUAUUAGGUAAUAAUCAACAAAAGCUCAUUACCCAGACCACAUGACACCAGAUUCAGGUUCUCAGAUUAGUCGUUUAUUGUGUUUGCUUUUUGUACACUCUAAAAAAAAAAUGACAGAGGCAGCAGAGUUUGGAGACGGUGCAGAGAGCAGGAUGGCAGUGCGGAAGGAGAGCACACUCGUAGCAUCAUUGCUCAUUGGUAUUUUAUCUACGCUUUCUGCAGACCAUGUAUUUGUUAACACAUUAAACAUGCUUCAGACCUCACAUAAGAAAACACUGAGGUGUUCAGAUUAAGUGUUGGUUCAAGCUAAUUUUUAGAUGCAGCACUAAAAUGUGUACAUCGUGACUAUUUCUUCCACAGAUUUUUUGGUAGCCAAGUAACCAUCAGGUGACUGUUACCUUGUGAAACCUUCCAAUUCACUUCAGAGUUCUUACUAUAAUACAGCUACCCCCAUCUCUCACCACAUCCUAUAUACUUAACUUGAUUCUCUCCCCCAGCCUCAGGUAAUGCUACAGUUCAGUCCUAGAGUCCUAUCUUGACUCACCUCCCACCAGUGCUUCCACAAUCACAUGCUAAUCCGUCAGCAAUAUCUGUAAGUUUUACUUCUAUGAGGUCUCAUUUCUAUAGCCAUCCUUCUGGUUCAGAAACCUUCUACCUACUUGCCUAGACUAGUGCAAGUUUAACUCAUUUUUCUGUUCAUCUCACAUCUGCCAAGAUCACUUUUCUAAAACAGGGCUCCGAUUGUAUUUCUCUUUAGCUCUAAAUCCUUUGAUGAUUCUGAAUUUUCACUGCCUGAAAGAUAAAUCCUAAGCUUUUUAGCCACGAAUUCAAAGACAGCUAUAAGCACAUGAUACAACCUUAAUUACCUUCCACACUGCCUCUCCUGCUUCAUCUGCCUCACCACCUCCGUUCUUAAACAAACUAGCCUCCUUACCAGGUCCUGAGCACAUCUUGCAGGUUCCUACCCUACUAGUUUCAUUUUCACCAUGCCGCCGCCUGAAAUUUCCUUUCCUUUCUCUCUGCCUGUCCAAAUCACAAAAGAAUUAUACCAAUUGUAGAGAACUUCAGAAGAGCAAAUGAUCUCUUAGGGUUGCAGUAUUUGUAGGAGGAAUUGGAAAGAUUGUGCUGGUUAAUGAAGCAUGUUACAAUUCUUUUGUGAUCAAGAUUAAAAUAUAUUAUCAUUUCUCUUGUAAGUCUA